AACGACACGAUCGUGUUUAAAAGAGCCGAAAGGUAGAAACUUUGAGAGUAGUAGCGGCGAGAUCUGUGAGUUUUGAAAGGUUCGAUCUUUCCAGCAAAUUGUGGAGCAUCUCUUUGAUUGAUUGAAUAGUUUUAUCUUCUGUAGAAGAUAGGGUCGGUUUUAUGUAACUUUUGGUAGUAUAUGUGUACAGAUUCAGUAUAUGUUUUAAGUUUCGUUUUAUGGUUUUGAUUGUUAAGUUGCCAAGUGAUGAUUGAAAAUUUUGCGCAAGGGUUUUGAGUUUUGGAUGAUCGGAGGUUACUCUGAUCUGAAUGAACCGUGACAAAAUCAUUUUCUUACAAUACAUUCUGAUGGCAGCUGAUCAAUGUUUAAAUCUAUCAAAUUUAUAUUCGACUUUUUUUAAUUGUUAGUUAGAAGCUUGUUGAAUUAUCGUAUUAUGUUUGGAAAAAUUUCCUGAGGUUUUGAACAUUGAAAUUCUGAGAAACUGUGAGAAGUCAUAAAAAUUGUUCUUUUUUUAUGAUUCAUGCUCUGCAAAUCAUGCUUAAGGGGCUUUUUGAGCUCCUGACGCUUGCUUUAUAUGGUCGAAUAAACUGUUUAAAAAAAUUGGUUUAUCUUUCGUUGUUUUGAUGGUUUGGGUUGCAUGAUAUGGAUAAUGGAUCUAUGAGCUACCAGGACUGUGCUAGAUUCUGGUCCGGACAUAAGUUGCUAUUGAUGUGUGCUGUGGAUUGGAAUUAGUGACUCUGUUGUCUGAAUAAAUCAUUGAAGUCGUUCACUAUUAAGAUCUCAUUUAGUUGCACAUUCUUGAUUUCAUUUUGAGUUUUUAUACCUUCAGCUGGGUGAUAUGAGUUUGUGACCCGCCCCAGAUAUUCAGGGAAUUGUGAACUUGUUUUGAUUCAGUCAUGUUAGAGCUGGGUGAUAUGAGUUUGUGACCAUCCCCAAAUAUGCAUGGAAUUAUGAAAACGCUUUGACUUAGUUAUGUUUUCUGUCUUUAACACUGCAAAACUCGCAUCUUACAUAAACUUUGUUUCAAGGACAAUGAAGCAUGUGGUAAAGAUUUUGAGUCUGUUGGUAGCUGUCUCUGCCUUUUGGAUUGCUCUUUUGCAGGCUGCAAUUAUUCCACGAAGCCAUACAUGGUUGCUACCGAUAUACUUUGUAGUGUCCCUUGGAUGCUAUGGUCUAUUAAUGGUUGGAAUCGGUCUAAUGCAGUUCCCUACCUGUCCUAGAGAAGCAGUUCUAUUGCAGCAUGAUAUUGCUGAGGCAAGACUUUUUAAGCGCUAAUGGAGUAGAUGUAGGAUCGGAUUGACCACUCCCUAAUCAGUGUACUUGUAGUCUUAAAUAGUUCUUGGAAAGAAUUCCCAUUUUCAUUAUACUUCGUUGAUGUCUUUUGAGAAUUGGAAUUUUGUUUGAGUUUAAUAAAAGAUGAUUUUCAGAAUGAAAAUGUAUGAAGUAUCUUAAUGUCAAAAAGAUACAAAGCAUAGGUCUUUUGUAAAUUGUGAAAUCCCACUACAUGGUUUGGAUCAAUCUAACGAAGUAUUACAAGUUUUUGUAAACUAGACUUCUGAAAUGGAAUUUUCGUUUUAAUU